CACCGCCACCAUGUUGCUGUCGCGGGAGAUCGUAUACAUGUGGCGGGACAUCCACGGGGACCCCAUCACCGGCGGCUGGCACAUGUUCAGGGGGAGAUCCGUCUUCCGCCUGAGGGAGGAGCUGGCCAGGCUGCUGAACGCUGUCCAAGUCUUGGGCGUCGCCGACCUUGUCAUGUGCCUCCCCACACGUGAUGGCCGGCUUUUCCCACUCGUCGUCGACCUGCCCAGCAACCGCCAGAGCUUCCACAUCGUCGUCGUCGUCGCCGGGACGCCUCCCCACGCGGCGCUGCGGUACGCGGAUGUCAAUGCAGAGUAGAGAGAUACCAGAGCCGGGACCCCUAGAAGUCGCCUUCAAAAGUGUCGCCGCCCCGGACACGAUGACAUUAGAACUCAGUUCCUUCCGUUGACAUACUGGUUCAGGAAA